AUGAUUGGCACUUUGCAUUUCUUAGCACUGCUGAGCUUCACAGUGGCCUGGGGGAGUGUAGGCCUGUGGAGUGAAGGGAGUGUGAGGAAUGAGACUGGAGGAGGAAGUGGGGACAGAUGUACCUGUGAGGCUUUCUUGCCCAGUUCUACCUUUAUUAUAAAAGACCUGGUGGUGGUAGAGCAGACAGUUGGGGAGAUCUCGCACAAGCUAGAGCUGGAGAUGGGCAAGAUUAUAAUGUUGACAGUGGAAAUUGAACAAAUGGAGGAGAAUCCUGAUGACAACAAUGACGCUGACCUAGAAAAGAUAAAAGUGGAGAUUAAACUAGUGGAAGCUCUGAUCAAAGAGCUGCAGCUCUCCAUCAAUGGCUCCACCACUGUCUUUGAGUCUCUUCGCAUGCAGAUCACAGUCAUGGUGGAGACUCUGAAUAGGCUGGAGAAGACCUACGAUAAGAAUAUGAUCUUGGCGACCCGACGAGAAUACAUCAAGGUGCAGCUGCAACUAGACGAGUGUGAGAGACGCCAUCAGGACCUCUUCAACCCCAACAUUGGGUCUUGUGCACACACUGGUAUUAUCAAGGUCAGCAAACCCACUGUAAGCCAUCUGAAUGCCCAUCUAAACACUGGCUACAAAUUUGGAGGCUGGGGGAAAGACUCAAAGCCUGUUCCCGACAGAGAGUCCAUAUACUGGUACUCUGGGUACACUAGUAGCUCUAUUGUUGACAUUAGGUUCUACACAGACUACAAGAAUCUCAUUUUGAGAAACCAGUUCCAGCAUCACAAUUUACACAGCAGCUGGACAGGUACAGGAAACAAUUUCAUCAUCCGAGACAAACUGUAUUAUCAGAUCAACAAUCCAUUUGGUCUGGCUAAACUAAAUUUCACCACUAUGAAAUAUGAGUCCAGGGUGAUUUCUAAGGCUAGCUCAGGAUUCUCCUACACAAACUCCCCCAAUCAAAUCUUUGACUUUGCAGCUGAUGAAACCGGUCUGUGGGUGACCUAUGCCACCCAAGAGUCCAGCGGUCGGAUGGUUAUUGCUAAAAUAAAUGAACCUUCUUUUGGAGUAGAGGAGGAAUGGCAGACUAGUCUCUAUAAACCAGGAGUGAGCAAUGCUUUCAUGGUGUGUGGUGUCCUGUAUGCAGUCGAAACAAUUGAUAUCCAAAAUGAGGAAAUCUUUUACAAGUAUGACACCAAAACCAAACAGAAGAGUCACAUCAGUGUUCUCUUUGAGAGGUUCCAGGAUACGUAUUCUAACCUGGACUACAAUCCCACUGACCAGAAGCUCUACAUGUACAAUGACGGCUACUAUGUUAACUACCACCUGUGGUUUAACCACACAGCCAAAGCUGCUGAAAAGUCACUAUUGCUCCUGACCUAA